ACGCCUUCGCUGGUGUUAAUUUUUGAGUAAACUCUUAAGGAAUUCACUGAUCGUUGGUGAGUGAAAGUCAAAAUACCGGUUUUUAAUGCAAAAAUACUUAUUGCAUGCGGUGGUGCCUACUUGCGGUUCAGAGAGAAAUACAUUUACUUGUUAGUAGUUGCCGAAAAGAUGUUCUUCCGAAAUGCCAUCUGUUUGUUGAUUGGUUUGAUUGUGGGAGUGCGUCUCACCGAUUUCUGGGAUUACGUCAAGUUGCAGCGACUGAGCAAGAAUGAGCGGCUGAAUUAUACAAAUUUUACACAUACAUACGCGCUUGCACAGGAUGCCGAUACACUUCCGGAAUAUUUGUUUAACAACACUCGGGUAUUGUGUUGGGUCAUGACUAUGCCAGAGAACCAUUUGGAGCGCGCGGUGCACAUAAGGAAUACAUGGGGCAGACGGUGUAAUAAGUUGCUCUUCAUGAGCACCGAAAAGGAUGAUUUUUUGGAAACUGUACGCUUGGAGGUGCCUGAGGGUCGCGAUUAUUUGUGGCAUAAGACGCGCGCUGCCUUCAAAUAUAUUUACGAACAUCAUUUGAACGAUGCAGAUUGGUUUCUUAAGGCUGAUGAUGAUAGUUACUUUAUUAUGGAGAACCUGCGUUCUUUUCUGUAUCAAUUCUCUGCAGAUGUUCCGGUGUAUUUUGGUUGCAAAUUUCAUCCAUUUGUCAAGCAGGGUUACAUGUCUGGUGGUGCCGGUUACGUGCUGAGCCGUGCCGCGUUGCUUCGCUUUGCUGAUGUCGCCCUCUCCAACGGCACCGCGUGCUCGCAAAAUCAACUCUCCGAGGACAAAGAGAUGGGAAUUUGUUUGCAGAAUGCCGGCGUUGUAGCUGGGGAUGCGCGCGACGAUGAGGGCGCCGAACGUUUCCAUCCAUUGGCGCCAAUGCAUCUGAUACCUGUCGAUACGUCGGAAUGGUACCCAUUGUACCUGUUCUACAAACGCGAUAAGAAUCUCCAAUGUUGCUCGCGCAGUGCAAUUUCUUUUCAUUACAUUAAGCCGAAGGAGUUCUAUGUUUUAGAUUACCUCCUUUAUGUAUUACGUCCAUUUGGCGUUGGAAAUACGGCGUCCAAGUUGCCUGCCAAGGUGAAUAUGGCGAUGCUGAUGGACAAAUGAAAGCGCGAAUUAUCUGAUAAUAUUUUUAAGGAUGAAGAAUAAAUAAGGAUUAAGUCAAA